AUGACCGAAUUGUGGUACGAGCAGCCUGCAGAGAACUGGAAUGAAGCGCUGCCAGUGGGCAAUGGGAGGCUUGGAGCUAUGGUCUACGGCCGCACCGACACAGAGAUGCUGCAAUUGAACGAAGAUUCCGUGUGGUAUGGAGGGCCACAGGACCGCACGCCACAAGACGCCCUACACUAUCUUCCACGCCUCAGAGAGGCGAUCCGUGCAGGAAGUCAUGCCGAAGCUGAAAAGCUUGCCACUCUUGCCUUUUUCGCGAAUCCAAUCGCUCAGCGACACUACGAGCCUCUUGGGACAUUGUUCCUGGACUUUGGCCAUGAUCCGGCACAGGUCACAAACUACAAGCGUUCCCUGGACCUGACUAGCGCAACUACAUUCACUAGUUACGACUACAAGGGUGCUCACUAUGAAAGAGAAGUCAUAGCCAGUUAUCCUGAUGGCAUACUUGCUAUUCGGGUCUUGUCUUCAGCAAAGGUCCAAACCAUCGUCAGAUUGACUCGGAUGAGCGAAUUGGAAUUCGAGACAAUUGAGUAUCUUGAUGAUGUUUCUGCGACCGAGAAUUCCAUCAGGAUGCAUAUUACUCCUGGUGGUCUGCAUAGUAAUCGCGCCUGCUGUGCGGUUCAAGUCCGAUGCAAUGACGAGGGAACUGUCACGAAGAUUGGAAAUAACCUCGUGGUCAACUCCUCCAGCGCCGUUCUUCUUAUUGCCGCUGAAACGGCCUUCCGUUUCGAAGACAUUGACGAACAAGUAUCUCGUGAUCUUGAAUGUGCCCUCAAUUAUUCUCCAGAUGAACUGUGGAUGAGACAUGCCAUGGACUACCACGCGCUUUACGAAAGGAUGGAAGUCCGACUCACUCCAGAUCGCUGCGAGAUUCCAACUGACAAACGAAUCGAGUCAUGCCGAGACCCCGGUUUGAUUGCCCUCUACCAUAAUUAUGGUCGCUAUCUUCUCAUAUCAUGUACCCGCGAUGGGUACAAAGCUCUCCUGCAAAUCUCCAGGGGAUCUGGAACCCUUCGUUCCAUGGCGCAUGGGGCUGCAAAUUCACGAUCAACGUUAAUCUUCAGAUGA